GAAAUUAAUUCUUUAGAAUGUUUAGGCAGGCUAACUCGCAAUGAGUUUGUUCUUUUUAUCUGAAGACGCAACCAGUGAAACAUCAAACAGUGAAAUCUCGCGUUGUUCAACUAAGUGCGCUUGUUCAGAACAAAUUAGAGUAACUUCAAGUAAUAAUCAAAAGAAUUUGUAAGACAUUACGAUGCAUGGUGUUCAGUUGACUUAUUCCAUCUUAUGCCGAUAUGUUUUUGUGGUAUGUGUCUCUUUAUGUUAUGUCAAAACUCAAAGGAUACCUGACGAAGAUCGUCCAACGAGGACUAUUUACAUAGGUGCGGUAGAAACUGACUGGGAUUAUGCACCAGAGGGUAAUUUAUUGGGUCCUGGUGCAGAUGAGUACAAAGAGCUUUAUUUAUCAAAAAGUUCUGAUCCCUUAAAACUGGGUCAGAUAUACAGGAAAGCAAUUUUAUGGGAAUACACAGAUGAGACAUUCACAAUACAGAAACCAAAAGAGCCAUGGAUGGGAAUACUGGGUCCAGUACUCCAAGGAGAGGUGGGUGACAUAUUGAAUAUUGUAUUCUACAACAUGGCUAAUCACCCACUGUCAAUUCAUCCUCAUGGAGUCCGAUAUCAAAAAAUUCAUGAAGGGGCUCUGUAUGAUGACAAUACGACAGAAAGCGAAAAAGUAGACGAUAGAGUACAACCUGGUUCCAAACACACGUACAGAUGGCUAAUGAAUGACCAUGACGCUCCAACAGAAAACGAUCCAGAUUGCUUGACAUGGAUGUAUCAUUCCCACAGACAUGGUGAAACUGAACUACAUGCUGGAGUUCUCGGUCCUCUCCUUGUUUGUAAGAAAGGAACAUUGCAGAAAAAAGAAGUGGAUCGUAGAGUUGUGUUAGUUUUUAUGAAUUUUGAUGAAAGCAAAAGUAUUUAUAUUUAUGAGAAUAUUGACAGACAGGCUCCAUCAAUGAGAAAAGAAGAAAAAGAAACGCUGAAAAAAGACGCAGAAUUCAGAAACGGAUGA